CAAACGUCACUUCCGAUGUCAUUUGGCGGCCGCCAUUUGCGGAGCAGGCGUGCAGAUCAACGCCACUCUUGUUCCUUCUCUCCGGUCAGAGGGGUUACGCACGUUUUAUAUCCCACCAACCACAUGCUCCGGUCCAUCCGCAAAACGAGGGAAGCGGUGAUGUCUCCUUCGCCCCCACCCCCAUAAAGUCGUCGUGAAUCCCUGAUUUUUUUUUAUCGCUCCUCCCUCAAUCCCCUUGGGAGGAAAACCCCAAUCCUCUAAGCGCAUGCGCGGACGUCCUCCCCUACACUCCUGAGGGCUGGGCCAAAAGCGCGUGACGGCGCGCAUGCGCGGGAACGCCGUGCUGCUUCUGGAGCUCGACCGACCGACCGAUCGCUCGGCGCUUAUCUCAGCGGCGACGGGUCCUCAGCCGACGGGGCCUGCGGGGCCGGGCCCCUCCAUCCGGAAUGGGCCGGGACCGCCGCCAUCGUCAUACAGCCGGCAUCGUGAGAAGCAAAACCCUGAAGGAACCGGGGCGAGGUCACACCGGAUAUGACCACGUGCGCAUCGUAGAAGCCCAAAGGAACAGCAAGAUGUCCGACUAACCGUUGUCCCUAACAGGGCCAGUUCGGAAAACCAUGCAGUCAUCCGGGCACAGGUUGCGUGAAGUUGAACACCAUCCACUUCUCGCCGAGAACGACUGCUACGCGUCGUCAUCCGAGUGCGACGCGGGAGAUCGCCUCUGGUUCAUCCGUGACAGCUGCGGGAUGGUCUGCGCAGUGAUGACCUGGCUUCUGGUGGUCUACGCCGACUUCGUGGUCAUUGUCAUGCUGCUGCCUUCCAAAGACUUCUGGUACUCCCUAGUCAACGGAGUCUUCAAUGGCUUGGCUGUGCUUGCGUUGUCCUCUCACCUAAGAACCAUGCUGACAGAUCCAGGUGCUGUCCCCAAGGGAAAUGCUACAAAAGAAUACAUGGAGAGUUUGCAGCUGAAACCAGGCGAGGUCAUCUAUAAGUGCCCCAAAUGUUGCAGCGUGAAGCCAGAACGUGCCCAUCACUGCAGUAUUUGCAAACGAUGCAUUCGGAAGAUGGAUCAUCACUGUCCGUGGGUGAACAACUGCGUAGGGGAGAGGAACCAGAGGUUUUUUGUCCUUUUACUGUGAGUAGGCAUUGUGAUUUCCUCUAAUUCAGCUCAUGCCCUCAUCCUCUGUGGAUUUCAGUUCUUUUCCUGCGUCCGGGAUCAGUGGAUUGAAUGCAGUAACUUCUCCCCUCCCGUGACCGUCAUCCUGCUGAUCUUCUUGUGCCUUGAAGGGUUUCUGUUUCUGACGUUCACCGCCGUGAUGUUCGGCACCCAGAUCCAUUCGAUAUGCAAUGACGAAACGGAGAUCGAAAGGCUGAAGAGCGAGAAGCCGACGUGGGAACGGCGGCUCUGCUGGGAAGGGAUGAAGUCGGUCUUCGGGGGACAACCGUCUCUGCUCUGGAUUAAUCCUUUCGCUGGGUUCCGAAUCCGGAGGCUCCUGUUGAGGAGGGCCAAGAAAGGCGCGCCUGAGUUUUCGGUCUGAGCCCGCCCAAUCAUGCUGAAACCCACACGAGGCUUUUGUUUGUAUUUAUUGUGCCGGGGGGGGGAGGAGCAGGGGGGGGAAAGCCGCAACCGGGGGCCAGCGGACUUUAUAACCAACGUACCGAACAAACAUUUUGCUUGUAGCAAGCAGAGUUUUUAUACCUUUAUAACCUCCGAUGUCUGGCUUGCGGAAGGCGGAAUGUGGCCACGCCGGGCUUCCGUCGUCGAGCGGCACGAACCAAACGCCACGGGGAAAGGGACAGUCAGGCUGAGGAACUAUCCAAAUAGCGUCUCCCAUCACGGUUAACGUGAUUUUAGAGAAACUGCAUAGGAAUCUUUUUUUUUUCUCCGCCAGAUCUCUUCGUUAAAGGAGCCUGUGGGGUUUCCUCUUUUUUUUUCCCCCUUUUGAUUUCUCCUCUGUUUUGAAAAGACUGUUCCUGGAGCCGCCGUCGUCAAUCACAGGACUCCGUUGCCAAUCAUGAGAUGCAAUUGUCAAUCCCAAGAUACCGUUGCCCAUCAUGAAACGCCCAUUUGUCAAUCACGGGACCUGCUGGAAAGGGCUAGCCAAACCCCACUCCCCGAAACGGGAAAGUUUCAGGAUGGUGGCCUGGCGCCAGGGGUGUCCUAUUUCCUCUUCGCCCCGACAAGGCCUGGGAGUGUUGUGUUAAGGGUGGGUGAUGAUUUCACACGGCUUCGGAUUCUCCCACUAGAAGAACCCACAGCUUGCCAGGAUGAGGCCUCAGGUUCCCUCCCCUCACCGGAUCAUUCCAUUUUAGGUUCAGUAUCCGCCCCGUGCUAAAUAGGAGGCCACCCUACGGACAAUUUAAGGGAAGCCCUUCUCUGCUAUUUGGGGAGGCCAAGAAUGGAUUUUGAAGAAGAAAGAAAGACGUUUUUGAAGAUGCUGCCUUAGAUCCCAAGAGUGCUGGUGGUCCUCGACUUAACAACCAUUCGUUUAAUGUCCCACGGCUGGCUGGGGAAUUCUAGGAAGUUGAACUCCAGCUCUUAAAAAAAAAAAAAAGUUGCCCAGGUUGAGAUGACGUUAGAAGAAGGGAAGAGUUUUUUCGAGAUUGAAAAAAAAAGGCUACAAUUAAGGAAGCACUCACUAAAGGCAGGUGGGCGUUUAACUCUACAUAGGAUUCAGAUCGGUCAUGAGAUUCCACAUGUUUCCUAAUGGUAAUUAUGCUUAAAUGAUGCUUGCCCACCCUGUGUGUUUGUGUGUGUGUGUUUCUGUAGAUUUUCAGGGAUGUAGGUAUGCUGGUCUUGUUGUAUUCGGGUCUUUUCCCGUGUAAAACAAAACGAGCUUCUUCUGAAGAGUUGUCUUAACUCUAAUAGGGAUGAGUCCUUUUCGUUCCAGUAAUGGCAUCGCAUGCUUCUACACCCUUAGCUGGGCAUCUACAGAGGGUGGCAGGAGGAUACCCGUGCAAUGAAGGUGCCGCACGAAGGUUGGCGCUUAACGUACUUGUGUCUCCGAGGUUGAGAUACAAGUUCACCAGAACUGCAUUUGCACAACAAUUCGCGUAUGGAUUAAGGAGGGUUUGUGGUGGACCUCUCGGAGAAGAUUUUGACUUGAGUGAAGUCCUCUGGGUGCAGAUGUAGAAACAUUUGGGGGCGGCGUGGUGGCUCAGCGGUUAAAGAUGCUGGGCGAGUGGACUGGAAAGUUGGCAGCCCAGGUUCCAGGCCCGAGCGCCACAUAAUGGGGUGAGCCCCCAUCCCCAUUCCAGCUCCUGCCAACCUAGCAGUUCAAAGCGUGCAAGUAGAUAAAUAGGUACCCGCUUUGGUGAGAAGGGAACAGCGAUCCGCGAUGUCGUGCUGGCCACAUGACCACAGAAAUUUCUUUGGGCGGCGCUGGCUCACAAUGGCCUAGAAAUGAGAGCUGAGAUUCAGCAGCAACUAGCGGGGUAAAAAUCUGCAGGAACCCCUUUUUAACCUUCGCGUGUAGAAAGAGGUGUGUGUGUAGCAGGCUUAGGCCCACAGCAUCUCAAGAUGAAGGUUGCAGGGCACUGAUGGCAAACCUUAUUGGCACCAAGUGCUGGAAAGGGAGCACGGGCAGGCACUCACCUCAUCCACAACCCAGAAGAGGAGCAGCCCCGGCGGCUUGCACGCGCCGGAAAAUGUACUUCUGGUUUCCGGCACGCUAGUCUUCCAGUUACUGGCGCGCAUGCACAAGCAAUGAUCAUCUGGCUGACGUGAGCUCACGCUGGAAAACAGAAGGCCAGCUCUUCCAGUUUCCGGCAGUGCCAAACGCACGAAGGCCCGCUGAUUGUCGUGGGGGCAUGCCAGAAACCCGGGAGAGAACGGGUGACACCGCAUGUGCCAGGCAACAUGGCUUAGGUUCUCCAUCACAGCCGUAGGGUGUGAACAUUCGGACAAAAGCAGCUGGCAUUGGUUCCUAUCGCUCCCGUUGGCUCACCUCGCUUCUUGUUGUAUAGUGCCUUAACUUUUUUUGUGAGUUGGGUUGCAUGUUUAUAAUAAAGAGGGGUCCAACAGAGUGCUAUUAUUGUUAAGAAGUCUCUCCUAGCAUCCUUCCUGGGGCAUGCGUCAGCAUUUAAAAAUACGCAGGAUUGAUGGAACAGGUGAGGAAGAAGAGAGACCAAACCACAGGCGUGUCCUUCGGUAGGUUUUUUCCAAGACGAUGUAGGUGUUUCUCCUCCUUGCAAGCCAAAUCUAGUGUUACUUCUCCUUUCCGAGAGAACUUGGUCCACCAGUAUAUAUCCACCACGGUGUUAAGGAGGACACCAGUCCUCCAUUCUUAGGAGCCACAUCAAGCUAAUAAGCAUAUAAAGAUAUCCAUGAAUAUUUUCCCUACUAUCGAUUGCCGUUUUUAACAUCUGCCGUGCAGAAGAAAUACCGCCCAUUGCAAGUGAGCAGGGCCUUAGUAAGGGGUAAGAUAUUUAGCAUUUACAGAAUCUAGCCGAGGAGUGCUUGGUACAUCUUAACAAACUCUUCUCAGUUCUCUAAACAAAAUGUGGGCAGUUCAAGUCUUAGUUUGACGUUAACCCUGGAGGAAGCUGCCACUGGAAGAAAAAUGCAAUACAAGAUAGAAAGGUGGGGGGGGGGGGAGAAAGGAGCCAGUUAAAAAUCUCUGGCGGUUUCAUUCCUGUCGUUUGAGAAUUAGAUAUAGCGACCUUGAAGGACCUCGCUCAUAUCUAGGUCACCUCCGGUGGGACUUGUCCUUCUGAAACUCGGCAGAUCAUGUUUGAACAGGGGAUGAUGUCUCUGGUUUUAGCAAAUGUGUGUGUGGAAUGGAUGGAAACGGAAGUUCCUUGGUUUUCAGAUCCUCGUUCUGUUGUAAUUUUUUUUUUAUAUAAAAAUGUGGAAUAAAGUUAACCGAUGGAAGCUUUGUUGACUA